AUGGCUUCUUCCUUGGAAUCAGAAGCGGCUUUCGUUGACAGGGCUUCCAAGAUAGGCGUGGAAGAGUGGAUCGUGGAUAGGCUCAAAGCAAUGCAACUGGCUACAUUUGGAACUUUUGCGUUUGCGGUGGCAUAUUUGCCCCAGUCUGCGAAUGACACGAUGUUCAAGGAGUUCGUGGCGGAUUUGCUGCAGGCAGAAUCUGAUGCCAGCCAGCUUGCAACUUCGAGGCGGUUAUUCUUCGAGUGCCACACCAGAGCUCUGGUAGAUGUCCGAAGCCGUGUUGAAUCCAACGCCGACCCCAGUGCGACCCAGCAGCAUUUGCCUACAGCUGAGAGGGUGGCGCGGCAGUCCGCCCAGGAGGCCAAACUGGGCGGGUUGAUCUUCACCCGGAUACGAUUCUUGGAGAUGUGCGAGACUGGUAUUCUGGUGUACGUGAAGCCUGAGCUUUGCUGCAGUCGUGCUCAGGAGACGCAGACCAUGAAGAGAGACAGCGCUAUCUUGACUGAUGCCUCAGGUCUGCUCAAGAUUUCCCCGAAAGUUCAGGACCCCAGGUGCAAGGCUUCAACCAAACUGAAGCUACGAGCUGCGCUCCAGCGCCGCAGCCUAGCUAUGGAUUUGGCGGGAAUUGCAGAGUUUACGGUAGUUGAGGCUUGGGUGCAGUUUCUCUUCACUCAUGUGGCUCGUGAACAGCCCCAUGGAUUCAACAAGGUCACUUUGCAGCAGUUGGUGGAGUGUGACAAGCAGAUGUUCACUUUGUUUGCAACGUGGUCCUGCCGAUCCAAAGCCUCUUGA